GACGUUUUGUGGUUAAUAUUUGUUGAUGUUUUGUUGUGUGGCCAAUUAUUGAAUUAUGUUGAGUAUAUAAGACAAAAAUAGUAACUAAAUGAGUUAAAAUCGACCAUAAUAGUAAUAAUAAUGGCAAAAACGACAAUUUGGCCUAUUUAUGGCAGCAGACCUCCUUGUUUUAUUAAUCAAAGACUUGAAGAAAGAAGGAAAAGAGCACUGGAACUGAGGACUGAGCACAAUAGAAAAACUGAUAAACCCGAAGAUUUCAUCACAUAUGAUGAUAGUGAUAGUGAUGAGGAGCCAUUAUCAGUACAAAAAGGAAUUUUAAAUACAUCUUAUAACUUUGUUGAUUACAUUAGGAAUAGGGAAAUUGGGAGUAGUUUUAGGAGUUCUUCCACAGUGGCAAACGAUUACGGAAGUAGGCACAUUUUAAACCAUGAAAUGUUUCGAGAAACUGCCGUUCCUUUGGGAAACAUGAAUAAAGUGUUCUGCUCACAGUGGCUAAGUGAAAGACAAGUUGUUUUUGGUACAAAAUGCAAUAAGCUUAUGGUUUAUGAUGUGGUUACACAUAAAUUAGAUCAAAUUCCCUCGUUGUUAAGUAGGAGAGACCCAUUGGGUAACGAACAACAACAAUGUGGUAUUCAUUCAGUUCAAAUAAAUCCUUCAAAAACUUUGUUGGCAACAGGUGCUAGAAACACUUGUGAUAUUGCCGUUUAUAGACUUCCCACACUGGAUCCUAUUUGUGUAGGAGAGAAUGCACAUAGAGACUGGGUUUUUGAUAUGUGUUGGCUUGAUGACGAAUUCUUGGUCUCUGGCUCAAGGGAUAACAAAAUGGCUCUAUGGAGAGUAACUUCUGAUAUGCUGGAAAGAAAACAAGAUAUUCCAGUGCAUCAGCAUGUUUCAGCAAUAUCUGUUAAAGACUGUUAUAACUCACAAAGAGUGCGUGGUUUGACUUUUAAUAAAUCAUAUAGGGAGAUAGCUGCGUUGUCGUUAAACGGUUUUAUUCACAUUUGGAGUGCCGAAACGUUUAAACAAAAGUUUAGUAAAAAGUUACCUUCAUCGCAAGAAAACGUUUGUUUGGCUGUUCAGGAUUCUGGUCUUUAUGCCAUUGGUUGCAGAUCUUAUACUUUGCUCCUGGACUGCAGAACACUACAGGCGGUAAAAAAGGUUUCCUCAAGAUACUCAGGUUGCGGGAUUCGUUCUGCAAGUUUUCAAGGUGACGUACUCACAGUGGGCACUGGCAUAGGAAUGUUGAUGUUCUAUGAUCUCAAAGCGGGAAAAUAUCUCGAAUCGAGCAUUAAUUCUUCCAGAACAGUGGUUUUAAAAGCCAGUAAAGGAUAUGUGUAUCCCGACGAAGAGUACCAGGACAAUAUAGCCAACAUAAAGUACGUGCCGGCCAUUUACACGCACUGCUACGACACGAGCGGUACUCGGCUGUUUACGGCUGGAGGACCGCUACCGUCGACCUUGACAGGAAAUUACGCGGGUCUAUGGCAAUAGAAAGUAGAAUUUAUUUAAACGAAUAUAGAAUUAUUUAGGUUCAUAAUAUUUAUAUUAGUUUAUUGUACCGUCGAUUUUACUCUCUCUCAGUAGGUGCAAGUUUUUUAUUAUUAAUGUCAGGCACAUGCGCAAUGCUAAAAUCGCGUCAAAUUUUUAGUAUUACGCAGGUGUAUGAUAUUAAUUAACGUUUGCGAGAACUUUCUACAUGGUGUUAGGGAGUGAAUGGUAAACAAUCAAGGAGGUGGUAGGCCACGCCGACUCGAGCAUUUUAGGUCUUGCGGAUAUCUGGUCUCCUACAGAGCUACAUACGUCAAAAACUACCUACAACGUUUAAAGCUUAAUUUUCAUGUAUCCGUUUGUCCGUUAGUCCGAUCAUCCGGGAGCGCUCUUAUUGGUCCAAAUAUAAUUCGAAAAUUAUAACAUUUUAUCGGUCCGUCAAGUUUUGACUUCGUACGUCUGACGAAGAAAGUUAAAAUAAUUUUAACUAAUCUGUCACUACACAUCUGUUUUUGAC